GGUGCGGGCGGUGCGGGGCGGUGCGGGGCGGUGCGGGCAUGGCGCUCUCCCGCUUCUCCCGCUUCUGCAGCCGGGACGGCUCCGACCCGCUCUGGGACUGGAACGUAACAUGGCACACCUACAAUCCCGACUUCACCAAGUGCUUUCAGAACACAUUCCUGGUGUGGGUGCCUUGUGUUUACCUCUGGACAUGUUUCCCACUCUAUUUCCUCUAUCUCUGCCGUCACGACAGAGGCUACAUCCAAAUGACACAUCUCAACAAAGCCAAAACUGCCUUGGGCUUUUUACUGUGGAUAGUCUGCUGGGCAGACCUGUUCUACUCUUUCUGGGAAAGAAGUCAGAGCAUUUUCCGGGCUCCAGUUUUUCUCGUCAGCCCGACUCUUUUGGGCAUAACAAUGCUGCUUGCUACUUUUCUAAUUCAGUGUGAGAGAAGGAAAGGAGUCCAGUCCUCAGGGGUCAUGCUGAUUUUCUGGCUCAUAGCCCUGCUGUGUGCCAUCAUCAUUUUUCGAUCCAAAGUCCUGCAUUCCUUGAAAGUGGAUGCUGAAGUCGAUGUGUUCCGUGACAUCACGUUCUACAUUUACUUUACCUUGGUGCUGGUUCAGUUGAUAUUGUCCUGCUUCUCAGAUCGUUCUCCUCUGUUUUCGGAAACCAUCCACGAUCCCAAUCCCUGCCCUGAAUCUGGUGCCUCAUUCCUUUCUAGAGUUACCUUUUGGUGGAUUACCGGGUUGAUGGUUCAGGGAUAUAAACGCCCACUGGAAGCCUCAGACCUUUGGUCCCUGAAUAGAGAGGACACAUCUGACCAAGUGGUUCCUGUCCUGGUGAAGAAUUGGGCAAAAGAAUGCACCAAGUCCAAAAAGCAGUCCUUAAAAAUUGUGUACGCUCCCAAAGAUCCCGUGAAGCUAAAAACAGGCUCGAAAGGAGAUGUGAAUGAAGAAGUGGAAGCGUUGAUUGUAAAGCCCUCACAGAGGGACAAGGAACCAUCUCUCUUUAAGGUGUUAUAUAAAACCUUUGGGCCCUACUUUCUUAUGAGCUUCCUGUUUAAAGCCCUCCACGAUCUGAUGAUGUUCGCUGGCCCGGAAAUCUUAAAAUUACUGAUCAACUUUGUGAAUGACAAAGAUGCCCCAGAUUGGCAGGGUUACCUCUACACUGGGCUUCUCUUUGUGAGUGCUUGUCUGCAGACUCUAGUCCUGCACCAAUACUUCCAUAUCUGCUUUGUGAGUGGAAUGAGGAUCAAAACUGCUGUUAUCGGUGCCAUCUAUCGUAAGGCCCUGGUCAUUACCAAUUCCGCGAGGAAGUCUUCCACCGUGGGAGAGAUCGUCAACCUUAUGUCUGUGGAUGCUCAGAGAUUCAUGGAUUUGGCCACCUACAUCAACAUGAUCUGGUCUGCCCCUCUGCAGGUCAUCCUGGCCCUCUACCUCCUGUGGCUGAAUUUAGGCCCUUCUGUACUCGCUGGUGUGGCUGUGAUGAUUCUUAUGGUUCCCAUCAAUGCGGUGAUGGCCAUGAAGACCAAAACCUACCAGGUGGCCCACAUGAAGAGCAAAGACAACCGGAUUAAAUUAAUGCACGAAAUCCUCAACGGGAUCAAAGUCCUGAAACUGUACGCCUGGGAGUUGGCCUUCAAGAAGAAAGUUUUGGAGAUCAGGCAGGAAGAGCUGAAGGUGCUGAAGAAGUCUGCCUAUCUGGCAGCAGUGGGCACCUUCACUUGGGUCUGCACCCCUUUCCUGGUGGCUCUCUCCACAUUUGCCGUGUACAUGACCAUAGAUGAGAACAACAUCUUGGAUGCCCAGAAAGCAUUUGUUUCUUUGGCCUUAUUCAACAUCCUUCGCUUCCCACUCAAUAUCCUGCCGAUGGUCAUCAGCAGUAUUGUACAGGCAAGUGUUUCCCUUAAGCGUCUCAGAAUAUUUCUCUCACAUGAAGAACUGGAGCCAGACAGCGUAGUGAGAUGCUCUGUGAAGAAUGCUGGAGGGAACAGCAUCAGCGUGACGAAUGCAACAUUUACUUGGUCAAGGAAUGACCCUCCAACUCUGACUGGCAUCACCUUUGCGGUACCAGAGGGCUCCCUAAUCGCCGUGGUGGGCCAGGUUGGCUGUGGGAAGUCCUCCCUGCUGUCUGCCCUUUUGGCCGAGAUGGACAAAGUGGAGGGGCACGUGGCUAUCAAGGGCUCCAUAGCUUACGUCCCCCAGCAGGCGUGGAUCCAGAACGCUUCACUGAGAGAGAACAUCCUUUUUGGCCGGCAGCCUGAGGAGCGACACUACAAGCAAGUGAUUGAAGCCUGUGCCCUCCUGCCAGACCUGGAAAUCUUGCCCAGUGGGGACUGGACAGAGAUUGGGGAGAAGGGUGUGAAUCUGUCCGGUGGUCAGAAGCAGAGAGUCAGCCUGGCCCGCUCCGUGUACUGUGACGCCGACGUGUACCUGUUCGAUGACCCCCUCUCGGCGGUGGAUGCUCACGUGGGGAAACACAUCUUCGAGAAAGUUAUUGGACCCAAAGGACUGCUGCGAAACAAGACUAGAAUCCUGGUAACUCACGGCAUCAGUUACCUGCCUCAGGUGGAUAAGAUCAUCGUGAUGAGCGAGGGCAAGAUUUCCGAGAUGGGCUCUCACCAGGAGCUCCUGGAGCGAGAUGGAGCCUUUGCAGAGUUCCUACGGACGUACGCCAACGCGGAGCAGAGCCCGGACGACGGGGAUGUGAAGAAAGGAGAAGGCAAUCAGCCGCUGGAAGAGGAGGAAGGAUCCAACAGCCCAGCAGUGAAAGAAGUGAAACCAAUGGAAAAUGGGGUCCUUGUGAUGGAAGGCUCAGCGAAGCAGUUGCAUAGGCAGCUCAGCAACUCUUCCACCUAUAGCACGGACACAGGAAAGCAUCAAACCAGCACGGGAGAGCUGCACAAGGCGGGAACCGACAAGAACGCUUGGAAGCUGAUGGAGGCCGACAAAGCCAAGACUGGACAGGUAAAGCUGUCGGUGUACUGGGAAUAUAUGAAAGCAAUCGGCCUUUUUAUCUCUUUUCUGAGCAUCUUCCUUUUUAUAUGUAAUCAUGUAGCCGCCCUGGCUUCCAACUACUGGCUCAGUUUAUGGACUGACGACCCCGUGGUCAAUGGGACACAGCAGUACACGGACGUCAGGCUGGGCGUGUACGGAGCGCUGGGCAUUUCACAAGGUAUCGCCGUGUUUGGCUACUCGAUGGCCGUGUCGAUCGGGGGCAUCUGCGCCUCCCGGCGCCUGCAUCUGGACCUCCUGCACAGUGUCCUUCGCUCUCCCCUGAGCUUCUUUGAGCGCACACCCAGCGGGAACCUGGUGAACCGGUUCGCUAAGGAGUUGGACACUGUGGAUUCGAUGAUCCCACAGAUCAUCAAGAUGUUCAUGAGCUCGCUGUUCAAUGUCGUCGGUGCCUGCAUCAUCAUCCUGCUGGCCACACCCAUCGCUGCCGUCGUCAUCCCGCCUCUGGGGCUGAUCUACUUCUUUGUGCAGAGAUUUUACGUCACGUCUUCCCGCCAGCUGAAGCGUCUGGAGUCGGUCAGCCGCUCCCCGGUGUACUCGCAUUUCAACGAGACCCUCCUGGGCGUCAGUGUCAUCCGGGCCUUUGAGGAGCAGAAGCGGUUCAUCCAGCAGAGCGACAUGAAAGUGGACGAGAAUCAGAAAGCCUACUACCCCAGCAUUGUGGCCAACAGGUGGCUAGCCGUCCGGUUGGAGUGUGUCGGGAACUGCAUCGUCCUCUUUGCGGCCCUGUUCGCCGUCAUCUCCAGACACAGCCUGAGCCCGGGCCUGGUUGGCCUCUCUGUGUCCUACUCCCUACAGGUGACCGCUUACUUGAACUGGCUUGUGCGCAUGUCAUCCGAGAUGGAGACGAACGUCGUCGCUGUGGAGAGGCUCAAGGAGUACUCAGAAACGGAGAAGGAGGCACCUUGGCAAAUCGAGGAGACGGCCCCAGCCCCCGACUGGCCUCAGGAAGGCAAAGUGGAGUUCCGAGACUUUGGGCUACGCUACAGGGAGGACUUGGAUUUAGUCCUGAAGAAUAUCAACGUCACCAUUGACGGGGGUGAGAAGGUUGGGAUUGUGGGGCGGACAGGCGCCGGGAAGUCUUCACUCACGCUGGGCUUGUUCCGCAUCAAUGAAUCGGCGGAAGGAGAGAUAAUCAUUGAUGGAGUCAACAUCGCCAAGAUCGGGCUGCACCACCUCCGCUUCAAGAUCACCAUCAUUCCCCAGGAUCCUGUCCUGUUCUCCGGCUCCUUGCGCAUGAACCUGGACCCGUUUGACCAGUACUCGGAUGAGGACAUCUGGAGGUCCCUGGAGCUGGCUCACCUGAAGAACUUUGUGUCGCUGCUCCCCGACAAACUGAAUCACGAAUGCACUGAAGGCGGGGAGAAUCUGAGCGUCGGGCAGCGCCAGCUGGUGUGCCUCGCCCGGGCCCUGCUGAGAAAAACCAAGAUCCUGGUGCUGGAUGAAGCCACGGCCGCGGUGGACCUGGAGACGGACGACCUGAUCCAGUCCACCAUCAGGACGCAGUUCGACGACUGCACCGUGCUCACCAUAGCCCAUCGGCUCAACACCAUCAUGGACUACACCAGGAUUCUAGUUCUGGAUAAAGGGGAAGUGGUGGAAUGUGGUUCCCCCAGCGACUUGCUGCAGAAGAAAGGCAUUUUCUACAGUAUGGCCAGAGAUGCCAGCUUGAUAUGAGGACUGCCGCUUUCUCGUCCGGACAGAACAAAACGGAACUGACAUUUGCCUUAGACGCGGAGAGGACUCAGCAGGCUCUGCUUCUCACUCUUUUGCUGUUCAAACCAAAAAGCAGUCACUCAUGACGCGCCCCUUACCUAACCAGAUAGUUUUUGAGUAGGUGGGAGUCUCUUUCUCUCCCACACGCAGAGAUACCACCUACCCUUAUGCAUCCCCGCACACAUACACUCAUACUGUGCAAUCUGACGUUCUUUAAGGUUUCUUUCCCGGGUCUGCUCAUUGCAGCCAGUCCUAAGGGGAGAUUGGUUGUACGUAGUAAGUAGGCUAGUGACCAAAUUGUAGACGUGGCCUCGGAUGGAUCUGAGGACUCGUUCGACUCUCCUCAGUCCUCCGCCUCCAUCCCGCCUGCCUCCGUCCUUCUCGUGGGUCUCCCUUUCUCGAGGUCUCUGCCGCCCGAAGUUGAAGAGCUUGCUCGCCGAACCCGCGUUUGCCAUUUCGGAAUGUAGAAAAUCCCGACGGACCGGCCGGCGACCCGCGGUUCUGGCUUUGUGCCGAUACCCCGGGGAGGCACCGUAUCCUGUCGUGGCACGCUGGCUUUAGAAACGGACACUUACUCGCCCUUGGCAGCGGCCUCCAAGUUCACUGUCUCUUCAGAUCCGCGUGGCUGCAGAGGCUGAAGACCAGCCGACGUCCUACUGCAUCAUGGCAGCGCCCUAGAGUUUGACAGCCUAGGAGGGUGGCUCCUCUGGUUCAAGAGGAAAGUGACCCAGGGUGUCGGAGGCCUCCCGGAUCUGGGUAUCGGCCAUAGAUUUGGGCGGCAACUCUCCUUUCCCCGCGCCUCAGUUUUCCUAUGUUGAGAAACGCGGUGAUGACGAUGGUUGGCCCCGACCUCACCGGGAUGUGGUGAGGAAAAGUAAACGAUUGCAAAGCACUCCAGAGAGAAGGGUGUCGUAGCCGCCCCGAGAGCACAGUGGAGUAUUCCCGUUCUUUUUUCCAGAUCCCGAAAUUGUUCUCUGCCCUCCGCCCUCUGUCCUAGGAACCCGUCGUCGGGCCACGGAGGUCUUUGUUCUCGGUGGCGGGUUCGUGUUCGGGAAACAAAAGCCCCAGGGUGGUCUGCCGGCGACUUUAGAUUCUCGUUUGCGGUCACCGGUCCCGGAAAACGGGUGGCUGCAAUCGUUUGGUAAAGGAGUUUGACCGAGCUUCACUCCCGGUAGACUCCUAGAUGCUCAUCAGCUGGGCUUUGCAUGCGUCUGGCUGUUGGGAUGUUCUGAGGAGGAUGUGGAAGAGAAACGCAGGCCCAGGUGGAGAUCGACGUACAGAAUGCCACGGCCAGACAGGCAGACCGAACUCCGACGUGCUCAGAGAUUCAGAUUUUCGAAUCCAAAACUAGAGAAGUGUUCUCUCUUGAGACGAUAGCAAAAAUAUUUAUUUUUUUGUAAGUUAUAAGAGUCUUUGAAAUUGAACCGGCCAAGUUUUCCUGGCAUCUUUUUGUAAUGACUGUACUGGAAACGUGGAUAUUUGCCGAUCAUUUGCAGUAAACGUUUUUUGUUCGUUUGAAAA